GCCGAAUACAAACGUAAAAAUCCAAACCACCUUGAUCGGCUACCUCCGCCGUUGAUCCUCGUCUCUGUCCUCCUCUUCCUCCUGCUGCUAGAAAUUUAGAGGGAGGAGAAGGAGCUAGUUAUCGUGGCCGUGACAUCGACUCAUUGAUUAUCUGAUCGAUCAUGGGGCGGAGAAGAGGUUCGGCUGUGAACAAGCUGUUCGCUUGGGUUCGUAGGCAGUCGAUGAAGGUGAAGAUCUUUUUAGCCGUUACAUCUCUUAUAUCUUCCCUUGUCGCUCUUAGACUUUUAGUGAAAGACACCAAUCAGUUUUUCCUUGCAUCGGAAUCUGUUCACGCCGCCGGUAUCAUCGUUCUCAUUUACAAGUUAACCACUCAAAAAACCUGUUCUGGCCUUUCGUUGCAGACACAAGAGCUCACAGCCAUGUUUCUAGCAGUAAGAUUGUUUUGUAGCUUUAUGAUGGAACAUGACAUCCACACUGUUCUUGAUUUUGCUACAUUGGUGUCUACUCUUUGGGUCAUUUACAUGAUCCGAUUCAAGCUUAAAGCAACAUACAAUUCAGAUCUAGACAGCAUGCCUAAAUAUUAUCUGAUUGUGCCAUGUGCUAUUCUUGCUCUGUUUAUUUACCCACACACAUUUCAUUCUCAUUUGAGCAAAGUUCUGUGGGCUUUCUGUGUCUACUUGGAAGCAAUUGCAGUGCUUCCUCAGCUUGUAACGAUGCAAAAAACAAAGAUGAUUGAACCAUCAACCGCGCACUAUGUGUUUGCACUCGGAGUUGCAAGAUUCUUGGGAUGUGCGCAUUGGAUCAUCCAGGUGUAUGAAUCUGCUGGAGCUUAUCUGUUCUUGCUGGGAAGCGGCUACUUUUGGCUGCCAAUGGUGUUGGUAGCGGAGGCGGUUCAAACACUGAUUUUGGCAGACUUUUGUUAUUAUUAUGUUAAGAGUGUUGUGAACGGACGACUUUUAGUCAGUUUGCCACCUGUCUAAGUUUGGUUGGUGAAACGUGUAUAUGAUGUUUACAGGUUUUUGAUGGAUGGUGGUAAACUAAAGUUUCCGGGUCUUUUUUUAUCGUCUCAUUCUAGUGAGAUGUAGCAAUGAACUCAGGGAAAUGUGUAUCAUCUAAACUUGUUUUAUGUUUUU